AAUACUGCGGCAAACGUUGGUGAGCAGUGUGCGGCCGAGACACGCGCAACGGCGCCUCGGCGGAGCGUGGCCGCCGAAAGCGAAAAGGGCGGGUGGGAGGCGGCCACGGCUCGGCGUGUGCGUCUCCGGCAGCUCGAUGGUCGUCGGGUCCCGCCCCUGGCAGCGGCCCCGACUCGGGUAGCGGCCUCCGCCGCCUCCUCCUCUUCCUGCAAGCCGCCGUGCUGCAGUUCCCUUCGUUCCCGAGCUGCGGCCGGGAGACGUGCGGCGGCUGAGCUGGCCAUGGCGGGAGCGAGGGCGUCGCGCGGGCUGCCGAGCGAAUGCCAGGCGGCGAGGGGGCCGAGCAGGAACGGCCGGCGCCGGUGGCGGUUGGCGCCGUUGUCGGGACGGUUGGCCGCCAGCUCGCUGGUGCUGCUGGUGCUGGUGGCGACGAUGAGCGAAGAAGUGGGAAGCGCCGAGGCGGUCCAGGGCUCGGGCGACGAGAAAUGCCAUUACUACGCCGGGGGCGAGGUGUACCCAGGCGAGGCGUCGCGGGUGCCCAUCAAAGACCACUCGCUGCACCUCAGCAAGGCCAAGAUUUCUAAACCAGCACCUGAUUGGGAAGGAACAGCAGUCAUAAAUGGAGAAUUUAAAGAACUGAAAUUAUCAGACUAUGAAGGAAAAUACCUUGUUUUCUUCUUUUACCCUCUUGACUUCACAUUUGUAUGUCCAACGGAAAUAAUUGCCUUUAGUGACAGAAUUGAAGAAUUCAGAGCAAUAGAUGCUGAAGUAGUAGCUUGCUCAGUAGACUCACAGUUUACUCAUUUAGCAUGGAUUAAUACACAACGAAGGCAAGGAGGUCUUGGACCAGUGAAGAUACCACUUCUUUCAGAUUUGACGCACCAGAUUUCAAAGGAUUAUGGAGUUUAUCUAGAGGACCAAGGACAUGCUCUUAGAGGCCUGUUCAUUAUUGAUGACAAGAAAAUUCUUCGACAAAUAACAAUGAAUGAUCUUCCAGUUGGCAGAUCUGUGGAUGAAACUCUUCGUCUAGUUCAAGCAUUCCAGUACACAGACAAACAUGGAGAAGUUUGCCCUGCUGGUUGGAAACCAGGCAGUGAAACAAUCAAACCUGAAGAUUCUAUGAGAAUGUGGUGGUCAAAAGAAGAGCUGUAAGUGUACUUGGCCACUUGAAUACUGAUGGUAAUGCAGAUAAUUCCAGAUCCUGCAGGAAAAAUGAAGUAUUUUAAUAAAGUGAAUUGACUUCUUUCUUCUAAAUAUACAACUAAGAAGCUGCCAAUAAAGUUUUGAUUUUGAUAA